CCGGGACUUGACUUGAAGGUUUCUCCGUCGGUGCUUCUUCCAAUUUGACGUCGCUAGUGAUGGUUCUGUGUGCCGAUGUGGGAUUGCAGAAGCGCGAGAAGCGAAAUUGCGAAAUCUGAAGGAGUAACAAACAAAUCGGCGAGGGUUCUACGAAAAAUUGGGUGUGGAAUUGCAGCAGGGUGGGAGGUAUGGCAGCUGGUCUAGCCAGCAAGGUAUUGCCCCCGGGAGCUUGUGUUUGGAGGGAGCAAGCGACGGCUGGGAGCUUGAAGGUCCCAAUUGCGUCGCUAUCGCUAGCCCAUUUCAGCUCUCGGGCGCAGCUGCUUUGGAAGGCUGCAAGGAUUAGAUCUAGCUGCGGUCGUCGGAGAAAUUUCCAACAUUUCGUGUGCUGGACUGCGCCCAAUGGGGCGUAUGCGACUAAUGCUGAUGAGGAUAAGGUUCUUCAGGGAGAGCGUCCGGAUUCUUGCGUGGAAGGCAGUGAGUUGGCACUCAAGGUGCCUCAGUUUAAGGAAGAUAGCGAAUUUGGAGAUAUGGAAGAUAUUGAAGUAGAGGAAGGCUUUAAAAUGAGCAGCGUAUGUGAUAAGUUGAUACAAGUUUUCUUGACGGAGCGGACGAAGCCCGGGCAGUGGCGAGUUCUCAUUACUAACCCGGAGUGGAAUAAAAUAAGGCCGUAUUUUUUUAGGCGCUGUGAUCGCCAGGCUAAGUUGGCGGACGAUCCCAACAGAAAGGCGGCCCUCCUUAAGCUUGCGAUGGAGAUGAAAUCAGUGGACGAGGAUAUGCAGCAUCAUAAUAAAAUUCUUGCCAUGGUUGAAGAAUCACCACAAGACCUUGAUGCCAUUGUGGCACGGCACCGGGAGGAAUUCACUGGAGAGUUUUUUCAGCAUCUAAAUAUACUUACCGAGGCUAAUAAAAAUGAGUGGAAUAGAAGAGAAGAAAUCGCAACCAUUGCUUCAAAGAUCCUCAUAUCUGUUGAAUCACAUGACAGAGCAUUCGAAGAUAGCCAAUCCAUAGAAGAGGCAAAAAGGAAAUACUACGAAAUCUUGAGUGCCCCUUCUUUGGAAGAAGCAGCGGAAAGAAUUGAAAACCUCGCAAAGAACAAGCAAUUGGAUUCUACGCUUAUGGCUUUACUGACGAAGGCCUGGGCUUCAGCGAAGGUGUCUACCUUGAUGACAGACGAGGCUAAGGAUGUUAUGUUCUAUCUGUAUUCUGUUGCAAGGCAAAACAUCGCCAAAAGCACCCCGAAAGAGAUUCAAGUAAUAUAUCACCUUCUUAGCAUAGACGAUCCUCGUAAACGGUUUGCAGAGAUGACAACGGCAUUUUCACCUGGUGAUGAGUUGGAUGUGAGGAACGAGGUCGGCAGGGUUUACACGAGUCCGGACAGCCUACUGAAGUGGAUUAACAUCAUUUUAGAUGCUUUUUAUCUCAACAAAAGAGGUACACUUAUUAAAGAAGCUCAAUCUUUGUUAAAUCCUACUGUCAUAUCUAGAUUGGAGGUUCUUAGGGACGUGAUAAAAGAACAAUUCAUAGACCAUGACAUGUCCUUUGAAAACCCAUGAGAAACAGGUUUCGUGUCAUUGAAUAAAAUAUCUUUUUUUUAGUCAGUAUGGUAAUAUUUUUUUCUUUUUACUUCUUGAAUAACUUUUAGUGGUAGUUUUUUAUAUAUUUUCUUGGUAUUUCUUUUCCAUAGAAAGUAGUGUUAAAGUACUUGUGUUUUUAUGAUUUAAACAUUUUAUUACAAACAGAAAUUUCUUUGUUUUACAA